GUUUAGUUAAUUAUUAUUUCUCUAGGAGCACCUUUUAAAAAGGAUCAGGAGACAGCAGACUUUCACAGUGACAAACAGGCACCAUGAAGCUGGGACGGCGUCUCUUUGUUUGUGUCCUACUGGUACUUUCUGUGACAUGGAGCACAAAUGCAGGGAACAUUUUGGUGUGGUACACUGAAGGCAGCCACUGGAUUAACAUGAAGCCUGUGCUGGAGACGCUGAUCGACAGGGGACACCAGGUGACGGUUCUGGUCCCGAGCGCAUCAGUCUUUAUGAACACUAGUGAGCCUUCCCGCUUUCGCUACAAACCCUUCAACGUCUCCGUCUCUAUGGAGGUCAUAAAGGAGUUCAUGGAAGAGUCCAUUCACUUCUCCAUGUACGAGAUUGAUCAUAUGAGCUACUUGCAGAUUUACAUCAGAUUCAUCAGUCUGAUGAAGUUCAGUGUGCAGUAUUCUUUGAAGUAUUUGGACGGCGUGCUGAAAUCAGAAACUAUCAUGAAGAAGCUGAAGGAGGGAAAUUAUGAUCUUCUCCUGGCUGAUCCAGCCUACGGUGGCAGUGACUUAGUAGCAGAGAUUUUGGGCAUCCCCCUGGUCUUCUCCCUGCGCUUUUCUCUAGCCCAUAACCGGGAGAGACAGUGUGGUCAGCUACCAGCUCCACCUUCCUUUGUCCCCGGCGCAAUGAGCAAACUGACUGACAAGAUGGACUUCUCCGAGAGAGUGUGGAACUUCCUCUUCUACGCACUGCAGGAUAUCGUGCUGGAUACAUUUUUUUGGAAAGAACUAGAUAAAUAUUACUCUGAAGUCAAAGGAACACCCACCAGUGCCUGUGAAGUGAUGGGUAGAGCAGACAUCUGGUUGAUGCGAACCUACUGGGAUUUUGACUUCCCUCGCCCUUUCCUUCCUAACUUCAAAUUUGUUGGUGGGAUCCACUGCAGACCUGCUAAACCUUUACCAGAGGAUAUGGAAAAGUUUGUGCAGAGUUCUGGAGACGCUGGCAUCGUGGUCUUCAGUUUGGGUUCAUUCAUCAAGAACAUAACUACAGAGAAGGGAAACAUGAUCGCCUCAGCCCUCGCUCAGAUCCCACAAAAGGUGCUGUGGAGAUACAGUGGAGAAAAACCAAAGACACUGGGUGCCAACACCAGAAUAUACGACUGGAUCCCUCAGAAUGACCUACUGGGUCACCCCAAGACCAGAGCUUUCAUCACACAUGGUGGCACAAAUGGGAUUUAUGAGGCCAUCUACCACGGUGUUCCCAUGGUGGGUAUCCCCUUGUUCGCUGACCAGCCAGACAACAUGAUCCGCAUGAAGGCUAAGGGAGCUGCAGUUACUGUAGACUUGAACUUCAUGAAGACCGAGGACCUUCGAGAUGCAGUCAAUGCUGUCAUCAACGAGAAAUCGUACAAGGAGAACGUCAUGCGGCUGUCCAGUAUCCACCAUGACAGACCAAUGAGUCCUCUGGAUGAGGCGGUGUUCUGGAUCGAGUUCACCAUGAGAAACAAAGGGGCCAAGCACCUGAGGGUUCAGGCCCACGAGCUCACCUGGUACGAGUAUCACAGCCUGGAUGUUGUGGCCUUCCUCCUUGCUAUCAUACUGUUCUUGAUAUUCAUCUUCAUUAAGACCUGCAGUUUCUGCUUCAGGAGGUGCUGUGGCAGAAAGGGAAAGACAAAGACAAAGGCUGAGUAACUGAUGGAACUGAAAUUUGAUAAACAGAUGGGUGAAAAAACAGCAGUUCACCGGUUGUCCUGCUGGUCUAAAGCAGAUAAUGUAACCACAAAUCUCUGGA